AUGUCGAAUUUGUCAAAGCUUGAAUUUAUGGCACUUGACAUCUCUGGUAAUAACUAUUUGCCAUGGGUACUUGAUGCUGAAAUUCACCUUGACGCUAAAAGUCUUGGUGACACUAUUAAAGAAGGAAAUGAAGCAUCAAGUCAGAAUAAGGCAAAAACCAUAAUUUUCCUUCGCCAUCAUGUCGAUGAAGGGUUAAAAAGUGAAUAUUUAACCUUGAAAGAUCCAUUUCAAUUAUGGACUAGUUUAAAGGAGCGAUAUGACCACUUAAAGGCCACGGUAUUGCCAAGAGCUCGUCGUGAGUGGAUGCACUUACGACUACAAGAUUAUAAGAGCAUAAAUGGAUAUAGUUCUGUUGUAUAUAGAAUAAUUUCCCAACUAAAAUUAUGUAGGGAACCUAUGAAUGAUGAAGACAUGCUGGAAAAGGCUCUUUCCACUUUUCAUGCCUCAAAUAUGGUGUUACAACAGCAAUACCGUGAAAAGGGCUUUAAGAAAUAUUCUGAGUUAAUUUCAUGUUUUUUGGUGGCUAAACAACAUAAUGCCCUUUUAAUGAAAAAUUAUGAAGCCCGUCCCACUGGAUCAGCUCCAUUUCCAGAAGUGAAUCUGGGAAUUAUUGAUCCAAAGUCUGAAAAAAGACAAAAUAAUUAUCGUAGUCGUAUAAAUAUACGUGGGCGUGGCAAGGGGCGAAAUAAUAAUCGCCAUGGUGGUGGUCGUUAUAAACAAGAGAACAAUAAGGAUUCUCAGAGUAAUCCUUCAAAAGGCAAAGUAUACCCAAUAUUAGGGGGGAAAAACAAGAAAUUGCAAAAGGAGAUAGAUUAG